AUGCACUUCAGUUAUAUAUCUUCAGUUUACCCUGUGUUUUCGUUACUGUUUACCCUUCCCAGCUUCGCUAAAGCAUCCUCUGCCCUUGUGCCACCCUUCGCUUUUGGUAAAUCUGGUCUGGAUGCCACAUUCGACUUUAUCGUGAUUGGCGGAGGAACUGCAGGGCUGGUAGUCGCAACGCGUCUUUCGCAAGAACGAAAUGUCUCUGUCGCGGUGAUUGAAGCAGGAGGUUUCUACGAGAUCGACAAUGGGAAUCUGAGCGUGAUACCUUCUGACUCUGUCUAUUUUGCGGGAUCUAGUCCCGCUGAUAAUAAUCCUCUAGUGGAUUGGAGCUUUGUGACUGUUCCUCAAACUGGCAUGAAUAAUAGAGAGCUACAUUAUGCGAGAGGAAAAUGCUUGGGUGGGAGCUCUGGUCGAAACUAUUUCACGUACCAUCGUGCAACAAGACAGUCAUACAAGAAAUGGGCCUCAGAAGUGGAGGACAGCUCUUAUGAAUUUGACUCAUUUUUACCCUAUUUUAAAAAGGGUGUCAACUUCACUCCUCCAGACAAUGCAGCUCGUCCAUCAAAUGCUUCCUUAAGCUAUAAUACCAGCAGUUUUGACCCCGCGGGAGGCCCACUUCAGGUAUCUGUCCCUAUAUGGGCCAAUCCAUUCUCUUCCUUUGCGAAAUCUGCGUUCGAGACACUUGGCUUUCAAUCGGAGCUCGACUUUGUGAGCGGAACUCUUGCAGGUGUGCAAUAUAACAUGAAUACCAUAGAUCCAGGUCAACAAAUUCGCAGCUCAUCGGAAUCAUCUUAUCUGCGUACAACGGCAACCGCAUCACUGAAGGUUUACAACGGAACAUUGGCGAAGAGAAUUCUGUUCCAUGGAAAAACUGCGUACGGAGUGUCAGUUACUACCGAUGGUGUAGAAUACAAGCUGUUUGCAAACAAGGAGGUUAUUUUGUCUGCGGGAGCUUUUCAAUCGCCUCAGAUGCUCAUGGUAUCAGGAGUAGGACCUAAAACCAUCUUGCGUCAGCACAAUAUUCCGAUAAUCUCAGAACUGCCAGGGGUAGGGCAGAACAUGUGGGAUCACGUAAUAUUUGGUCCUAGCUACCAAGUCAACGUUAUCACCCACUCUGCGCUGGGGAAUGCUUCUUAUCUUGCUUUGGCCGAAGAGCAAUAUUUCAAUAAUGGCUCUGGCCAGUUAGGGAAUCCGGGUGGCGAUCUCAUAGCCUGGGAAAAACUUCCCCGCCCGUACCGUGACUCACUGAGCAGAGCAACUCUCAAAGAGCUUGAUACCUUUCCGGAAGAUUGGCCCGAAAUCGAAUAUCUAAUUCUGGAUGCGUAUGCGGGCAAUCGCUCUAACCCCAUCGCAGAUGCACCUCGCACUCCAUACAUGUAUGCCUCUCCGGCAGCAGCGCUCGUCUCACCUCUAAGCCGGGGUAACGUUACUAUAUCCAGCGCUGAUACCGCGGAUCUGCCUGUCAUAAAUCCAAAUUGGCUCUCGCAUCCAGCAGACCAAGAACUCGCAAUCGGGGCUUUCAAACGCAUCAGGCAGCUCAUGGAUACAAAUGAGAUGAAGAGUGUUACGGUUGGCAGUGAAGUCUUGCCAGGAAUCAAUGCGACUACUGACGCUGAAAUAUUGGAGGCUAUUAAGAAUGAUGGCACAAUGGUUUUCCAUGCUUCCGCAACUUGCAAAAUGGGUGUUGCGAGAGAUAGAAUGGCGGUAGUAGAUUCAAAGGCGAGAGUUUUUGGAACACAUGGACUUCGUGUUGUAGAUGCAUCGGCUUUCCCUUUCUUACCCCCUGGGCAUCCACAAUCGACCAUAUAUGCAUUGGCAGAAAAGAUUGCAGAGGAUAUAAUUCUAGGGUUGCGAUAG